AAGGUCUCCGCGCAGGCGCAGUGUGAUGUAAACACAAACGCAGCGGCUGGCCAUGGUUGCGAACGACGUGUAUUAGCUUGUUGGAUUUCAACACGAAAAGCUUUUUAGUUCGAUCUCGUUCUUCAGAUGUGUGGAUAUUAAAACGCUGCGAAGAAAGGCAUUUAAAACGUGUUUUAACAUAUUCACUUUAGGUGGCUACUUUUCGCUUAUCAGCGCAAAGGCUAACGUUGUUAGCUUGUGAGUGACGAAGACGAAAAAGAGCUUGUGAUACACUAUUUAGCCAUUACGUGAUGUAAAAUAUCAGCGAAUUUGCAUAUGCACACCGAUAUAUAUAUAUAUACUUUAUUGUUUCUCUCUCGUAGCAAUGGCUAAUUUCAUCACCUAAAACCCAAUUGGGGAUCCAGAUAGAUAAACUGACAAAUGCAAGCUAACUGCUAGCGAAGUUAUAGGACAGAGACGGAGAUCCUCAAAGGAAUUCAUUGACUUUGAUGCAUUUAUGGUCAUCACAUGUUGACUGAAAGCAGGAAAAGGCAGCACAGUGGUGGUGAUGAGAGCGGCCACCUGGUUCCUCAAGCCAAACGGCCGAACCAAUCUCACCCGCUCUCCCCCGAGCCGGGACGGGAUGCCUGGGAUUCAGAGUGGUCCAACAGCUCCAGCAGCAGCAGUCUGGAGCACACGUCGGGCUGCUCCAGCGGCAGCCGCUGCGCUGUGGGACCUUGUAGCCCCCUCAGCUGCGGUGACUCGUGCGACCCGCCCGCCUGCUAUCUGCACAUCAACCGCAUCCUGAGGGAGGCGCAUUUCCAGAGCCUGCAAAGCCGCUGCCAAACGCGAGAGACGCGGCUGUGACCUCGCGAUAUUUCCUGAUCAGAUAUCAGGGAGGGAAAAGAAUCAGCAAUAAUUUAAGAACCGGGACCAAACUCAUGCUAAAAUUGGACUGCCAAAAUGACAAGUUUAGGACUUUGACUCGUUUACGAUUUUGGGGUGGUUCUGAAGUCUCAGGGAGGUCGUGGUUGAGAACUUUUCUGUCCUUUCUCCAUUGUAGUUAGGUCCAAAACACUGAUGGAAAGUCCCAAGUUGCACCUUUCAUAGCGGCUUCUUUUAACUUCUUCUUCCUGUUCGGUGAAGAAAACGACUACUAAACAAGUAAAAAUGCUCAUUGCAGCCCUU